ACAAAUGAUUUGGAAACGAAUGCCAUAUCUUUAUUCUUUAGAUAUAGAAUAAUCCAACUUAUUUUAAAUACCUUGUUUAAUGUGUCAUAACUCAGUACUUCUAAGCCACCGUGAUCUUUGAAAUUACAUAAGAUUUCUUUUUUUAGAUAGUGUGGUUUAUUUCUCAAAAUAAACUGAAAAAGCAUUUGAUCUAAUUUUGUUACUGAUCUAGAAAUCCCUUCAGCUUUUGACAAUAAUACCCAUCCCUUUGCAUCCAAAUAUUAAACCUCUAACUAAUUUUAAUUGGGUUAAAAUUUUAAUUAUUCCAUAAAUGUUCAUCUUUACAAAUCAAUUCACUGCCUUAAAGAUUUCAUUUCUGUCUUUUAAAAAACAAAGUGGUGUCGUCUGCAAACUGGCACAAUUGCUUUAAAUAAAAAAACUGUGCUCUAUAGUUUCUAAUGCCUUGUGAAAAUCGAUAAAUAAAAUAAAACUAUUAUCUAAAAAUAUAUUCAUUAUAGUCUACCAUAUCUAGAACCAGUCUAAUGUUUUUACUAAUGUAUUUAAAUCCUUUUUCCAUUCUUUUGGCAAAUAUAAACGCAAACAUUUUUGCAUCAUUGUUUAAUAAACUGAUGGGUCUCCAAUUCUCCAAAUGAAAAUAAUUUUUGUUUAGCUUUGGAAUUAGGGUAAUGACACUUUUUUUAAAGAAGUGGGCAAUUCAGCAAAGCCUCUAUGUACUGACUUUUUCCUUUUCUCAGUCGAAACCUCAGUUGACACCCUUGGACACCCAGAUAAUGAAACACGAUUGAAGACUUCAUUACAUUUGUGUCUUUGAUAUAAAUAACUGUUGAAUAUGACCCAUGCAUUUAUUCUGAUGUGUUUUUGUCUUCUAAUGGGUGUGUUUGGUGAUGAAGUGAAGUCAGUGUCAGUGUUUGAUGGAGGCUCUGUUACUCUACACACUGAUAUUACUGACAUAAAGAGAGUUGAUUUGAUCGAGUGGAGAUUCGAAACGAUCCGCAUCGCCAGAAUCAAGAGAUCAGAUGAUGUCAAUCCAAAAUAUGAUGAUAAUAAUGAGACUCAAAGAUUUUGGCGCAAACUGAAGCUGAACAGUCAGACAGGAGAUCUCAUCAUCACAAACAUCACAUCUGAACACACUGGACUUUAUCAACUACGGGUUGUAAUUCUUAGCGUAGAGACAAUCAAGAGAUUCAAUCUUACAUCUUAUGCUCCUCUCUCCGUUCCUGUCAUUACCAGCGUCAUGUCACAGUGUUCACGUUUACAUUGUGCCUUAUUGUGUUCAGUGAUGAAUGUGAGAGAUGUGAGUCUGUCCUGGUACGAAGGAAACAGUUUAUUGUCCAGAAUCAGUGUAUCUAAUCUCAACAUCAGACUCUCUCUACCUCUGGAGGUGGAUUAUCAGGAUAACAACACAUACAGCUGUGUGGUGAACAAUCACAUCAGCAACCAGACAAAACAUUUCUGCCUUGCUGAUCUCUGUCAACCGUGUUCAGAUGUCGUCCACGCUAGUGAUAGUGCUGAAGCUGUUCUGAUACUGCUGAUGGUCCAGUUGGCUGUCAGUGCUUUGAUGGUUGUUGGUGCUGUUGUGGUUCUGGGUUAUGACAUCAAAUCCAGAUGAGAUGAACAGAAGAGAAAAUCACAAACAUCACCAGCAACAUCUGAUGAAUGAGAUUCUAAAACAACAAUCAAGUUAACAACAUCACUGUUCUU